CUGAUUCGCGAAGCGGCGAUUAGCCCAGUUUGGUGGCAGGUGCCGUUGGCGGCGCCGCCGCGGCUCAGCGACGUGGCCUGGGCAGUCGCGCGCGCUCCCGGCCGCUAGCCCCGCCCUCGCUAGGGCGCCCCCUGCCGGGACUGGCGGGGCCGAGGCUCCUUGGCUGAAGUUUCGGGUGCGGGGCCCCGAAAUCGCUGGAGGCGGCCCUGCCCGGAGCAGCCUCUCGGGCUCCGCAUCUCCGCGGGCUCAGGAUGGCUUCUUCUGAAUUUCAAGCGUUGUCCCAAGACGAACUCCGAAAAAGACUUUAUCAGACAUUUAAGAACCGAGGUGUUUUGGACACACUCAAGACGCAGCUCCGAAACCAGCUAAUCCAUGAACUGAUGCAUCCAAUUUUAAGUGGAGAACUUCAGCCACAACCAGUGUCCAGUGAAGGCAGUUCAUUGUUAAUUGGAGCUUCCAACAGCCUGGUGGCAGAUCACCUGCGUAGUUGUGGCUAUGAAUAUUCACUUUCUGUUUUCUAUCCAGAAAGUGGAUUGGAAAAGGAGAAGGUGUUUACUAUGCAAGAUCUUCUGCAGCUAAUUAGGAUCCAUCCAAAAUCCAGUCUUUACAAAUCAUUGACUUCAGGAGCUCAAAAAGAGAACAAAAAAGGUUUUCUUAUACAGAUGUUAAUGGAGCUGACAGAGCAUCACCUAUGUAAGGAAAGUCGCAACACAGAAACUCAGACAAGCUCAAUACCUCCUUAUAGAGAAUCUCUUGUUGAGAAACUUCAGCUGAUUGAUGAACAGUUUGCAGACAUUUAUCCCCUGCAUCAGAAAUUUGAGUCUUUAGAAGUGAAACUCAUUGAAUAUCGAAAAGAAAUAGAGGACCAGCUUCAAACAGAAAUGUCUGAAAAGUUACAACAUUUCAAAGAGGUUGAAAUAGCAAAGGUUCGAAUGGAAGAGAAAGCACGAUGCCAGAAAGAAGUUUCUGAUUUGCGUCGAGAGUUUGAAAGGACAAACCAAGCCAAGUCAGAGGCUCUGAUUGCUCGUGAAAAGAAUGCUAUUGAAAGACUUCAAAAACAACAGGAGAUUGAAGCAAAGGAGGUUUAUACACAAAGACAAAGUCUGCUGAAAGAUAUUGAAAUGAUAAGAACCAGAGAGGCAGAACUAAAGCAAAGAAUUGAAGGUUUUGAACUGGCUCAGAAACUUCAAGAAGAAAAAAAUAAAGCUGUUGAUGAUGCACUUCGACAUCGGGAGAUAGCUGUGAAGAACAUUGAGGAGACUUACGACCAAAAGCUUAGGAAUGAACUCCUGAAAUAUCAACUCGAGUUGAAGGAAGAAUAUAUAACCAGAACCACUAGGGUUACUGAAGAUGAGAAAAAGAAUAAAGAGAAGGCUCUGCUGUUGCGUGAAGAGACCAUUGCUGUUAAUUCAAAGAAGGAAGAACUCAAACAAGUUGUAUCACAUGCAAAAGAGCUCGAGCUGGAGCUGGAUUCAGUAAAGGCGCAGGUGCUAUUGGUAAACAAACAGAAUCAGUUGUUGACAGAAAAAUUGAAAGAGAUUGCGGACUAUCCCUUGUUAAAGGAAGAGAAACUGGAGCUUCAGGUGCAAAAUAAACUACUUAGACAACAACUGGAGGAGACUCGCAAUGAAAACCUGCAUUUCCGAGACAAGUUAACUCAGCCAUCAGCUGAACAUGUAGCCUGUCAGGCAGAAUUGAGGAGAGUUGAACGUACAAAAAAGCUGGAACAGGAUGAGUUUGAAACCCAUAAACAACUUCUGGAAAAGCAACUGCAAAGUGAGGUUGAACGUUGUGCACAAUUAAAGAUCCAGCUGUUAGACUAUGAAACUACUAUCAGAAAGCUAAAUGUACAGGUUGAAGAUUUGAAAUUGCAGCUGAAGCAAACACAGACAGUUCUAGAGAAUGAAGUGUAUCGGAAUCCCAAACCUUCUCUUGUUGAUCGUUCUGUCGUUGACUUCACUGGUGAUAGGAUUGUACCUCAUGACAUUUAUGUAGAUGGUGUUUUCUUGAAGAACCGGGCUGUUACUGAUAUUGUUGUGGCGGAUGAUGUUCCAAACGUUGGUUAUCGCCAGCAUUCACGGACCUGCAACUCUUCUCCAGAUUCUGACCUUGAAUUUGUCGCCAAAACCAAAGCUAGGAUAAAAGAACUAGAAAAAGAGGCAGAGUAUUUGGAAGAGGCCUACAGAAAUUACCAGCAUAGAGUCAUUCAAGGUGCAGUUGCAAGCAGGACACCAACAACGUCCCCUCUAGCUUUACGAAAUGCUGUUAGAUUCCCUUUGGCUUCUCAACACAGAGUUAUGUUCGUAGAAGACAACCUUGGCUCUCAGCAUUUCUCUCUUAGCAGUCCGAGAGGUCCAAGAUAUGUGACACCUGGGCAUGAUGAUGUCUUGAAAAAUCAUCUAACUACUCCACGAAGAAGAGUCUCUUCCUCCAGACGUCUUUCUUCUACUCCUCUUUCCAAAGUGGAGAGAAACGUCAAUAGCCAUAUACUUCCAGAAGAUAGCAGUGAGUCGUUCCUAGUCUCUUCCCAACAGAGUGUCGACCAGCCUCUUUCUCCUAUUUUGAGGGCAGGCCAUCUUUCAUCUUCUGAAUCGGCUCCUUCCUCUCCAACCAGUCAUGGACAAAAAUUGAGUCUUUGUAAACAGCAAGCUGAUAAUCAGGACUUCAAUGACUCUUCAAAGCCAGAAAAGCUAGCAUAUGAGGACCUUGAAGAACAUGAUUCUUCUCUUAAAUGUCUGCUGCACCCUAAGCCUACCCCCAGCUCCGUCCUCAGCUCCACUUCUGCUCCUGGACCCAGCUCCCGACCCCUGACCCCGACUGCGACUCCUAACCACAGUUCUGGCCCUGAGUCCAGCUCCGGUGGGUGUGUGUGGACAGAUUCAAUUACAGAUCAAGGGGACAUUCCAGAGCAGUUUGAAAGUGAUGUGUCACAUCCAUCUGGGGACAGCGUCAAUGGGAGCAAUGUCACAAACGCUGUGCCAGCAACAGCCACUUCACAGCAGGAUUUAACAGUGGUUGAUCAAAGACAGUCUGAAGAACAGAAAAGAGAAGAGAGUGAGAAAAAAUGGGAAGAAGAAAGAAGAGAAAGAGAAGAAAGAAGGCAGAGAGAAAGGCAGGAAGCACUGGAAAGGGAGGAAAGAGAACUAGAAAAACUGAAUGACGAAAUGAAGUUGAUCCAAGAUUCGUUGAAAAGUGAAGAAGAAGAAAAAAAGACAGACCGUGAAGUGGAAGAGUUGGAAAUCAGUAGUCCUGAUGCUAAAGACAAUUUGUGUGACCCUCGUCCUAAUCCACUAGAAAAAUACAUGAAACUGAUAGAGCAGAGCAGAGAGCAGGAGCUGACAAACAAGAGCUCCAAAAAAGAGGAAGUGGAAGAAGUAUCACUGAUAGAGAGACUCCUGUCUAGUGAAAAAGAUGACAGUGCUGCAGGCGUCUCUCAUGGAGAACCAGAUGAAGACUUCUGGUGAAUAGCCGCUACUCUCUCCUAAUGACCAGCACAGUGGAGGAUGGUGUGAAGUUAUGUAAACAGUCACUAGACCACAAGAACUGAAUAUUUUCAUGCACAGUGGUUUCAGCUGGGGAUCAGAAUUAAAGUUUAACAUUAUAAGCCUUUUACAAAGACAUUAUCCCAAAUGAGUCCUUUUAGAUGAAUCUGCUAUGACUGGUAGUACUAAUAGCUGCUAAAACCUUAAGCACAUGGCCUAACCUUUGUGUUUUAAGCUUUCCCCUGUCUUCACAAAAUAUUCUAGGAGUCAGUACAGCCUGUUGAUCAGAAAGUGUUUGUUUUCGUAUUCGUGAAAAAGCUCUGGGCGGUGACUGAAAAGCAAAGCUGCCUGUACUAUUAGGAUAUAAAGCAGUUCAACAUUUUUUCAGGUAAAUUAGGUGGCUUUUAAAAAAUACCAUCCUGCCUUAAGACAAGAGAGUUUUAAAGAUUAAAUGAUAAAAAUGAAAAUUCAGACAAAGUAGAUUUGAAAGUGAUGGUCUUUUCCAGCAUGCUUACAUUGCUGGUUUCACAAAACGGCAUGUCAAGCUGACUAUCUGCGACACAAGAGCUCAGAUAGGCCGAUUGUGAUGCAUUCUGAUAGACACCUGAUAGCUAUUUCUUUGAGACCUUUAGAUUAGUGCAGUUAACUUGUUGAAGUACUUUUCUACAGAAGCAGCAAGACAGGGGAAGAAAAAUACACUUUAAAAGGCAAUCUUCAUGCUGUUUCACUGCUGGUAUAUUAAAUACUCCAUAGGAGUGGGUAUAAACACGACUGUCUUAAUCCUCUUCACUUUUUUAGGUUUGCAUUUUAUAGACUGUUCUGGUAUUUUAUAAUAAAAUGUGUCAACGGUGCUCUGUGAAGUUCUCAUUAUUGAACAGAAUUUCCAAUUAGUAAGAAAUGUAAUAUGGAAGUACUCUUUGGUUUGUGGGUAAAUAUUUUAAAGCAGCA